AAAUUAAGACCCUGUCGAUUGAGAAACACAGUUAAAUUUCCAAUGAAAAUGGAGGAUGAGCUGCAUAGAGCCCAUGUUGUGGUUCUUCCAUACCCCAGCCAAGGCCACAUCAACCCUCUCCUCCAAUUCGCGAAGCGUUUGGCUUCCAAAGGACUCAAGGCCACACUAGCCACAACUCGCUACACAGUCAAGUCCAUCGAUGCUCCAAACGUCGGGGUCGAACCCAUAUCCGAUGGGUUCGACAAGGAGGGGUUUGCUCAAGCCCGGAACACAGCCGCCUUCCUCAAGUCGUUCGAAGAACACGGCUCGAGAACAUUGUCUCAACUUAUCGAGAAGUACUCGAGCACCAACACCCCCGUGGCUUGCGUGGUCUACGACUCCUUCUUCCCGUGGGCUCUCGAUGUGGCUAAGCAACAUGAUAUAUUCGGUGCGGCAUUCUUCACCAACUCGGUCGCGAUUUCGAACAUAUUCUGCCGGUUACACAGUGGAUUGCUCAAACUGCCGCUUGAGUUACAUGACGGGGCACUUUUGGUUCCCGGCUUGCCUCCACUGAACUCGCGGGACAUCCCGAGUUUUAUUCGGUUGCCAGGAAGCCACCCUGCUUACUUAGCCAUGAAGUUAAGACAGUUCACUAACACAGACAAGGCUGAUUGGAUUUUUGGAAACAGCUUUGAGGCAUUAGAAUACGAGGAAGCAAAGAGCAUAUCAGACGUUUGGCCAGCAAAGUUGAUCGGUCCGAUGGUCCCGUCUACAUACUUGGACUGUCGCCAAGACAAAGACAACGCGUACGGGGCGAGCUUAUGGAAGCCAGUAAGCUUCGAGUGCAUCAAUUGGCUCGAGACGAAGCUGCCUAAAUCGAUCGUAUACGUCUCCUUCGGAAGCAUGGUUUCGUUGACGCCGGAGCAGAUGGAGGAGAUCGCAUGGGGACUAAAGGAAAGCGGCUUCCCAUUCCUAUGGGUGGUGAGGCCUUCCGAGCUCGAUAAGUUACCACAAGGGCUGGGAGAAUCGGUUCAAGAAAAGGCCAUGAUCGCCACGUGGUGCAACCAAUUGGAAGUCCUGGCACACCGAGCCACGGGGUGCUUCGUGACGCACUGCGGGUGGAACUCGACCCUCGAGGGGCUGAGCAUAGGGGUCCCGAUGAUUGGGAUCCCCCGGUGGGCCGACCAAUGGACCAAUGCCAAGUAUGUGGAGGAGAUUUGGGGAGUGGGAGUGAGGGCCAGGGAGGAUGAGGAGGGAGUGGUGAGGAGAGAGGAGGUUUCGAAGUGUGUGAACGAGGUGAUGAGAGGGGAGAGAAGCGACGAGAUGAAGAGGAACGUAAGGAAAUGGAGGGAAUUCGCUAAGGAAGCGAUCGGCGAAGGUGGGAGCUCCGACCGCUGCAUCAGUGAGCUCGUGGAACGUUUGACGUCUCAUGUGAGCGGAGGCAGGCAAGUGGGUUGAGGGGUCAUUGUCAUUGUCAAGUCUCAGAUUCAAUGAUUGAUUCUAACGUCUUUUCAUGUUCUCUAUCGUUUGUCGGCAUUGUCAUUUGCCGUUUCCUUUGCUUGCUGUCCACUAAUUUCAUCUAUGAAAUGGACAACUAAAUUCGAAAGCAUUACAACUUUGAAAUUGUUGCCUUUUACUUCU